CAUUUUGGUUUUGUUUUUUUAUUCCAAAUUCAACAGAUUCCAACCAACAUGGAUCAAUUUUCCCUCUUCACUGGCAUUGUUUCCACCGUUUUAUGUUCUUUCCUGUUCACCGUAGAAACACAGUAGAUGAGCAUUCUCCCCACCCACGUCAAAACCAAAGAUGAAAGAGAAUACAUUCUCAUAUUCUUUCUUAAAAAAACAAUUCCAAAUGAUGGAUACAGUUAGUCAUGACAUCGGUAUCUCCGCUUCAAAGCAAUGAAAUUCUUGUUCUGAAGAAAGACUACCAUCAACCACCUCAAAGGAAAAAAAGGAGAGGAAACAGAGGUCAGAGGAGAAUCAUUUUCCUUCCCUUUAGUGACGCCCAAGCCUCCUUCUUCCUUCCUUCUUUCUCCUCAUCUUCCAAUUCUCUUCUUUUUUUUUUUCUUUGAUAACUAACAAUGGGAAAACACCAAUUCGGCCUCUUCUUCUUUUUCUCUGUUAUUUUCUCCCUCGGUCUUGUCUCCUUUAUUUCAUGUAUUUUUGCAGAAACCAAGAUAGCAAGGAGGCAUGAUCUCAGAUUGGAAGGAAAACUCUGUUUCUUACCGGAGAGUCGAGCGGUGGUGUUCGGAGUCACAGCAUUUAUCUGUAUCUCCCUGGCUGUGCUGACAGGGAAUUUACUCUUCUUCGUAAAUUGCUACUCUGGAGAAAAAAAGAAGGCUAACAAAUCCACCAUUUCUGUAACUCUUCUUCUCUUUUCUUGGAUCAGCUUUGGAAUUACAGCGAUUUUGAUAGGUGUUGCAACAAGCAUGAGCAGAGAGCAGCCGUAUGGAGAAGGAUGGUUAGAUGGAGAAUGCUACACGGUGAGGAAUGGAGUUUAUGUUGGGUCUGGCAUGUUGAGUCUAGUCACCGUUUUGUCCUUGAUUGGAGCGGCAGCAACGAACAAAUAGCUAGGAAGCAAAAUGAUCAAGGCCAGAAAGUGCUGUCCAAAAGGCAACAACGGAAUGAAAUUGAUUUUUGAUGUAGUAAUUUUCAACUAAUAACAAGAUCAGGAGAGAUAGGAAAGAGAAAGGCAACCACUCCACCAACACCACACCUAACACCAGAGAAAGAAUUUGGAUAUUGGAAGAGACACAUGAAGUGAAAGAUGACCCACUGGCCACUAAACUUGUUUUAAUCCCUUCCUUCUAUGAUUGUAGAAAGAUAUUUUGUAAAAGAUAAAAUGUCAAAAAGCAUAGCUUUAGCAGAAAUGAAAAAGGCAGUUCCAUUGUAAAUAAUAUUCAAAGGAAAUU